UCUAUUAUUUCAUAGACAGACCCCCACUAUCCAUUUGGCAUUCAAGGAGAUAAGGGAUUUAUAUCAACAAAUUUUAUUAAUGUUCUGUAAACCUGAUUUGAUAAAAAGAGUUCCCUUAGAAAAUAUUGAUCCAAGGGACGAACACUUUCACGUGCCAACGUGCCAAGUUUGGUUGGGGUCUGCCGUUAAUGGGGAAUUUCAGUCUCCAGCACUGAAUUCAAAAUUGUAUGUAAUCUUGGACGUAAAAGAAAGGUGCAAGAAAUUUUCAAUAACUCUCUCUUUAGAAAUAACGAAAAAAUUUCAUCUUAAUGACAAGCUGUGGAAACUAACAGCUGCCCUGAACCCUCCCAGUGCCUUAGAUUGCAAUCUAAGAGUGUCAAUGCCGUCAUUGGAUGAACUCGUGCAGUUACUACCAAGAUUAUAUGAAGGCAACAUUAGUACAUUGGCCGAUGAGUGGCGAUGCUUGCCAUGGCAUGAAUUCAAAAAUGAUAUGAGCAAUUGUGAAGCAAUGGAGUUUUAUAAGAAAAUUGCAAAAGAGGUCAAUCAAGAACAGAAUAAAAAAUUCACAGUAUUGCCACAGUUUGCUUUACAAGUCUUGUCGCUCCCAACCUCUAAUGCUGACACAGAGAGAAUAUUUUCUAAAUUAUCAUUAAUAAAGACAAAAGUAAGAAAUUCACUGCAACUUCCCUCAUUAAAGGCCUUAAUAAUUAUAUCCGAAUUUUGUAGAAAAAGUGGCGGGAUUAAGAAAUUAAUGCCUACGCCUCCUAUGUACAAUCGUGUAUGAGUUUCCAUUUUGUUGUUGUUGUUUGUGUUGAUUAAUUAUUUUUUCAUAUAUUCAUUGUUAUAUCUUU